AUGACCGUGCGCGCUGGCCUGGAGGGUGGCCUUCCCGACCCCUCGCUCGGUGCCUUGGCCCGGAACACCGAGUCUCCCCGUGGCCUCCCGCGCGUCCAGCCCCGGAAAGAAACGCAGCUGCUCAGGCUCCUGUUCUUCCUGCUUCUCUCGCCCCACUCGGCCCUCUCCUCGGUGUUCAAAGUCGGGGUGCUGGGUCCUUGGGCUUGCGACCCCAUCUUCUCCCGGGCCCGCCCCGCCCUGGCCGCCCGUCUUGCUGCCGAGCGCCUGAGCCAUGCGCUGGCCCCGGAAGGCGGCCCGCGCUUCGCCGUGGCGCUGCUCUCCGAGCCCUGCCGGACGCCGGGGGCGCUGGGCGCCGUGCCCCCCGCGCUGGCCCGCGUCUCCGGCCUGGUGGGACCCGUGAACCCCGCAGCCUGCCGCCCAGCAGAGCUACUGGCCCAAGAGGCUGGGGUCGCGCUGGUGCCCUGGGGGUGCCCGGGGACGCGGGCGGUGGGCACCACGGCCCCCGCCGUCAUCCCUGCGGCUGAGGCCAUCUACGUCCUCCUUCGGGCGUUCCGCUGGGCGCGCGUAGCCCUGAUCACCGCGCCCCAGGACCUGUGGGUGGAAGCGGGGCGCGCUCUGUCCGAGGCGCUCAGGGCCCGCGGCCUGCCAGUCACCCAGGUGACGUCUAUGGAAUCCUCGGAUCUGUCUGGAGCACGCGAGGCCCUGAGGAGGGUCCAGGAAGGGCCUCAGGUCAGAGUGGUGAUCAUGGCAAUGCACUCGGUGCUGCUGGGCGGCGAGGAGCAGCGCUACCUGCUGGAGGCCGCAGAGGAGCUAGGCCUGGCUGAUGGCUCCUUGGUCUUCCUGCCCUUCGACACCCUCCAUUAUGCCUUGUCCCCAGGCCGGGAGGCCUUGGCCGCACUCGCCAACAGCUCCCGGCUCCGCAGGGCCCACGACGCGGUGCUCACCCUCACGCGCCACUGUCCUCCGGGAGGCAGCGUGCUGGACAGCCUGCGCAGGGCGCAAGAGCAGCACGAGUUGCCUUCGGACCUGGAUCUGCAGCAGGUCUCCCCGCUGUUUGGCACCAUCUAUGAUGCUGUCUUUCUGUUGACCUGGGGCAUGGCGGGAGCGCUGGCUGCCGCCGGGGGAGGCUGGGUGUCCGGAGCAGCCGUGGCCCGCCACAUCAGGGAUGCUCAAGUCCCUGGCUUCUGCGGGGCUCUGGGAGGAGCCGCGGAACCUUCCUUCGUCCUGCUUGACACGGACGCUGCAGGAGACCGGCUGUUUGCCACAUACAUGCUGGACCCAUCUCGGGGGUCUCUUCACUCCGUGGGGACCCCAGUGCAUUUCCCGCACGGUGGGCCGGGGCCGGGGCCGGACCCCUCCUGCUGGUUCGAUCCAGAUGUUAUCUGCAAUGGAGGGUUGGAGCCAGGCCUAGUCUUUCUUGGUUUCCUCCUGGUGGUAGGGAUGGGGCUGACUGGGGCCUUCCUGGCCCAUUAUGUGAGGCACCGGCUUCUUCAUAUCCAAAUGGUCUCUGGCCCCAACAAGAUCAUCUUGACUCUGGAUGACAUCACCUUCCUCCAACCACUUGGAGGCAGCUCUCGAAAGGUGGCCCAGGGGAGUAGAUCAAGUCUAGCUACUCACAGUGCGUCAGACAUUCACAGUGUCCCCAACCAGCCCCCUGACAGCACCAACAUUGGCAUUUAUGAGGGAGACUGGGUUUGGUUAAAGAAAUUCCCAGGAGAUCAUCACAAAACUAUCCGCCCAGCAACCAAAACAGCUUUCUCUAAGCUCCAAGAGCUCCGGCAUGAGAAUGUGGCCCUCUACCUGGGGCUUUUCCUGGCGGGGACAGAAGGCCCGGCAGCUCCCGGGGAAGGCAUCCUGGCCGUAGUCUCAGAGCACUGUGCGCGCGGCUCCCUGCACGAUCUCCUUGCCCAGAGAGACAUAAAGCUGGACUGGAUGUUCAAGUCUUCCCUCCUCUUGGACCUCAUCAAGGGAAUGAGAUAUCUGCACCAUCGCGGCGUGGCGCACGGACGGCUUAAAUCGCGGAACUGCGUGGUGGACGGGAGGUUUGUGCUCAAGGUCACGGAUCACGGCCACGGGAGACUGCUGGAGGCGCAGAGGGUGCUGCCCGAGGCUCCCAACGCGGAGGAUCAGCUCUGGACAGCCCCGGAGCUGCUCAGGGACCCAGCCCUGGAGCGCAGGGGCACUCUGGCCGGUGACAUCUUCAGUCUGGGCAUUAUCAUGCAGGAGGUAGUGUGCCGCAGCACCCCCUACGCCAUGCUGGAGUUGACACCCGACGAAGUGGUUCAGAUGGUCCGGAGGCCCCCUCCGCUGUGCCGGCCCGCAGUAUCCAUGGACCAGGCGCCCAUAGAGUGCAUCCAGCUGAUGACACAGUGCUGGGCAGAGCAGCCAGAACUCCGGCCCUCCAUAGACCGCACCUUUGACCUGUUCAAGAGCAUCAACAAGGGCCGGAAGACAAACAUCAUUGACUCAAUGCUGAGGAUGCUGGAGCAGUACUCUAGUAACUUGGAGGAUCUGAUCCAGGAGCGCACAGAAGAGCUAGAGCUGGAAAAGCAGAAGACAGAUCGGCUGCUUACACAGAUGCUGCCUCCAUCUGUGGCUGAGGCCCUGAAGACCGGUUCGUCUGUGGAGCCUGAGUACUUUGAGGAAGUGACCCUGUACUUCAGUGACAUCGUGGGCUUCACAACCAUCUCGGCCAUGAGUGAGCCCAUUGAAGUGGUAGACUUGCUCAACGACCUCUACACACUCUUCGAUGCCAUCAUUGGUUCCCACGAUGUUUACAAGGUGGAGACAAUUGGGGAUGCCUACAUGGUAGCCUCAGGGCUGCCCCAGAGGAACGGGCAGCGGCACGCUGCAGAGAUUGCCAACAUGUCCCUGGACAUCCUCAGCGCAGUGGGCUCUUUCCAAAUGCGCCAUAUGCCGGAGGUACCCGUGCGCAUCCGCAUUGGCCUGCACUCAGGUCCGUGCGUGGCGGGCGUGGUGGGCCUCACAAUGCCACGCUACUGCCUGUUUGGGGACACAGUCAACACUGCGUCACGGAUGGAGUCCACUGGGCUGCCUUACCGCAUCCACGUGAACAUGAGCACCGUGAAGAUUCUCCGUGCUCUGGAUCAGGGCUUCCGGAUGGAGCUGCGAGGCCGCACGGAGUUGAAGGGCAAGGGCGCUGAGGACACGUACUGGCUGGUGGGCAAGCUAGGAUUCACAAAGCCCAUCCCCAAACCGCCAGAUCUGCAACCUGGGGCCAGCAACCACGGCAUCAGCCUGCAGGAGAUUCCCCCAGAGCGGCGACUGAAACUGGAGAAGGCCAGGCCGGGCCAGUUCUCUGCGAAAUGAGGAUUAAUUUGGAAGGUCCUUUCUGGAAAGCUUCUGUUAUAGGUGACCGAACGUCUGGCUAAUUCCACUGGUUUUGUCCAAGGAUUCUGAGCCAAGACCCAGC